AACCGGAAGGGGAUGUCACAAUCAGAUGCGUCAUCUUGGAGCUGUCAAACAGCAACGAGCGAAAGCUUUAAAUGUAACAUUUAUAUUUUCCCACAUAAAUGUAGUAUUUGUAGCCAUUUAAUAGCAACCUCACCGAAGUGAGCAAAAAUGGAGGAAAGCUAAACUGACAACACGACGUCGUCAUCCUCGUGGGGUUGGUUUGGCUCAUUUGACCCAUGGCGAGGUCAGCGGGCGGCUCACCUAGCUCGGUUUGCGAGUAGUCUGUCCAGUAGCACCGCCAGUGUCGACCGACAACAAGCUCGACCUUGAGGACGUCGCCAUGGAUUUGACGCGGUUGGCAGUGGACGCUGGUCAGUUUAUUAACCGGGCCGUCCAGUAUACCGGAGAGAGUCUUGGCCAGGCCGACAAGACUGAGUUGGACCCCGGUCUGGAGGAGCUCCUUACCCGGGCGGACGCCACCAAGACCUGGACGGACAACAUAAUCUCACAGACGGAGGCCAUGCUGCAGCCCAGCCCAGCAGCACGGCUGGAAGACCGACUAUAUGAGCAUCUGGACUGGCCCGCCCCUCUUCGCCCCCAUGCACAUGAUGUCCUGGGAGACCAAAUGACUCAAGCCGGAUUGGAGAUGGGGACCAACACACCUUACGGAACGGCACUGCUCAGGUGUGGCGAGGCUCAGAAGCAGCUUAGCGAGGCCCAAAGACACUUUGUCCAAAGCACCAACAUCCACUUUCUCACUCCACUCCGCCGCUUCAGCGGGUGUGAAUACAAAGCCAUACAGGAUGAGCGCAGAAUGUUGCUGAACAAGCGUUUGGACUUGGACAUCGCCAAAAGCAGACUGAGGAGAGCUCACGAGGCUGAACAGGAGUCCAGAACCCUGAACUCAAACCAGGUGGAGAACGACUACUUGUCCCACAUGUCCUACAUGUUGAGAUUCGUGCGUGUUCGCUGGCUGAAGAUGUGGGCGCAAGAAAUCUCUCAGGCAGAGAUGGAGCUGAGAAUCUUUCAGUCUUUGUUUGAUCGUCAGUCGGAAGUCACGCGUCAACUUCUCGGAGAGCUCAACCACACCCACAGCAACCACAUGCAGAGUCUGACCGACUUUGUGGACGCUCAGACGUGUUACUACGCCCAGUGCAAGCAACACGCCCUGGAGCUGCAGAAACAACUGGCCAGCAUUCCAGCAGUCUUGUGCUCCAGCAAGUGGCAGUCAUCAAUUACCAAUGGACUUAUUAUCAAUAACAAUGAGGCUUCAGCAGACAAGCAAGCUGCAGGCUUAAAUCAUGUCUCUCCGGUCUCCGUCGUCGUCCACCACCUGCCGGAAUUUGACCAGGACUCUUGGACAGCAGAAGCUGCGGCAGCAGCGCCAGCGCCUGAAGAGAAAAAUAACAACAACAGCAACAACACACAGGGACCUACGCCAGUGUAUCAGCCUCCAUCAUGCCACCAAACUACCAAAAGUGGUACCAACGAAGACACCCCUGACCCUCCAACCUUAAGCCGGACGUCCUGCGAAACAGCUGCAGUGAUCGCUUGCACAUAUAUGGCGCCUAACGACGAGACGUUUAAUGGAAAAGAUGGGCCAGGUGGUCGGGAUGUGACGCAAACGGAUGAGGGCGACUGCAGCCAAGAGGAGAAGAUGGAUAAUCAUGAGUAGAUGUGCUAUCGUUGCACAGUAUAGCUUUUAGCCAUAGCUGUGCUGUAUGUCUACAUGCCAACUGUUGGUGUCCUAAUAUGCAUUUGUCUGUCCUCUUGUGAGUUUUUUUUUUUUUUGCAUUAGCCUAACAAAAAACUACACACAAGACAAGACAAGGGAUCCAAUACAAAAGCUCUAUUAAAAAAAAAAAAGUCUGCAUUUGAAGUAAAAAUCGCAAUGCUCAGUUUCAUGUUUUGGUAACAUUAUUUAGCUGCCUGAGAGGGUUCAAACAUCGAAACAACUCUCAGCAGGGUGCCGCAAAGUUCUACGUCACUUUAACUGCAGCUAAAACAACAAACGUUAAAUUGGUACAAUCAAAACUGUGAUUUACUUGUCUCUCUAAGUGCAGAUUUUUUUUUAAUGUAGGUUUUGUAUUGGAUUGUGCAGGUGCAGCGAAUGAAGGGUAUGUGAUGCCCAUUCUGGUUGAGGUCAUUUUUCAUUGUGUGUGUGUGUGCGUGCGUGCGUUUGUGUUUAGAUGUCAAGAAGCCAAGUGAGGUGAAAAAGGAUCAUUACACACAUGCACAUGCAUACACACAUAUCACAAUCUCGCCCCCCUAGUGCUCCCAAUAGGUGAAAUGGGUCUGAGUUUCCACAUCCAGAUGGAGUUAAUUUUCCCUCAUAGAGGCAGUUUUGUAGUGUGGUUCCGCUCUGGGGACGCAUGCAUGGAAACGCAUACAUGCACAUGAUGUCAUGUUUCUGCAGCAGCUCUACAUCAUGUAAAGACGUACGUGUGUGUGUGUGUGUGUGUGUGUUUGUAUAGGCCCGCUUGUACAACGUAGCUGAUGUCAGCGCCCGCUCGGCUGGCAUUUGUAAAAGUGGAAAUAAAUAUGCAAACAGUGACGUCAAGCCCUGCAGUUGUCCAAUUUUGCGGCACUUGUGUUACAUUUGUCGUUAGUUUGCUGGUCCAGAUCAUCUCAGACCUUCUGACCUCGCAAUUGUCUCACGUAGGUUUAAGUUAGCGGAGAACCUCCUUGAUACACUGCAAACAUUGUGGUUAAGCAACCAAUUAUUAUUAGUCAUGGGAGAAAUGAAUACCGUAAUAACCAUGAAUAAUACAAAAGUCAUCUUAGUUCAGUAAUUAAAACAUUCGGUAUAUAUAAUGUUUAUAUAAUAAGAAUAAUCAAUUUAGAUAUUUCAUAAUCACUUCAACAAUUAUUAAAUAUUUUUAAAUAAACGUUAUAGUUAUUUUUUUCUAACAUGAAUGCAAAUAAAUUAAUUGUAUAAUAUGUAAUAAAAAUAUGAAUAAAGUUAAUAUGAAAUAAAGUUUAGUGAAAACGUAAGAAGCAACAUAAGUUAAAUAUAAAUAUAUGUAAUUCACACAUUUAGCCAUUAAUAUGCCAAGCAAUGUAAUUAGUUGAAAAUAAAUCUAAGAAUAUAUCAUUUUGCAUAUUUACUUGUUGGUCACAUAA